AUAGGAAUGAACCAGCAUGGAGCUCUGAAAUUGCACCAAUUGGAAGAAAGCUCAGGGUAGGCUCGGACCCUUUCAAAUGCACCCUUUUUAAAGGCUACGGGACGGAAGCAUCGAGCCUUAGGCUCCAGAGGUUCACCUGGCCAGACAGCGAGCAGAGGGCGAGUCCCGGAGCCCUGCACCGAGCGCACGGAGCAGGGCGGAGAGCCGAGCUCCAGGCGCCGCAUCUGCAGGAUGCUGGUCGAUAUUGCCACCAAUCCCCACGCCCAGCGGCCCCGGGUUCUCGGUACAGUGCUGCAAGUUCACGGGUGGGGACCAGGAGCCGAGUGAGACGGUAGCCCUGCAGGCUGAGUGCGAAAUCCUAGAAAAUGUAUGCAAGCCAUGAGGAUAUCGGGUAUGACCUUGAAGAUGAUCCCAAGGCUAAGAAGAUACUGAAGCCCCACCCAGACAUCGACGGCGGGUGGGCCUGGAUGAUGAUCCUUUCUUCCUUCUUUGUGCACAUUCUCAUCAUGGGCUCACAGAUGGCCUUGGGAGUCCUCAACGUGGAAUGGCUUGAAGAGUUCCACCAGAGCCGCGGCCUGACUGCCUGGGUCAGCUCCCUGAGCAUGGGCAUCACCUUGAUCGUGGGACCUUUCAUCGGUUUGUUCAUUAACACCUGUGGGUGCCGCCAGACAGCGAUCAUUGGAGGGCUGGUGAACUCCCUCGGCUGGGUGUUGAGUGCCUACGCAGCCAAUGUGCAAACUCUCUUUGUUACCUUUGGAGUGGCAGCUGGCCUCGGCAGCGGGAUGGCCUACCUGCCUGCAGUGGUUAUGGUGGGAAGGUACUUUCAGAAGAGGCGAGCCCUGGCCCAGGGCCUCAGUACCACAGGGACAGGAUUUGGGACAUUCUUGAUGACCGUUUUGCUGAAAUACCUGUGUGCAGAGUAUGGCUGGAGGAACGCCAUGUUCAUCCAAGGUGCCGUGUCCUUGAACCUCUGUGUUUGUGGAGCGCUCAUGAGACCCCUCUCUCCUGGGAAGGUAGAAAACUGCCCCAGAGGGGAGGAGCCCUCUGCUGUCCCAGCUUACUCCGCUGAAUCUGUGAAAUCAGGACCACUAGGUGUCACUGAAGAACAAGACAGACAGCCUGAGAACGAGGGAAAUGUCUGUGACCUUCAAGCACAGGAAUGUCAAGGUCAAACCCGGCCCAGGAAGAACGCGCGUGCUUUCCGGGUUCUGAAGACAGUGAGCCAGCUCACUGUGCGAGUCCAAAAGGGCUUUGGGGACUGGUACUCAGGCUAUUUCGGAACAGCCUCACUCUUCACCAAUCGCAUGUUUGUAGCCUUUGUGUUCUGGGCUCUGUUUGCAUACAGCAGCUUCGUCAUCCCCUUCAUCCACCUGCCAGAAAUCGUCAGCUUGUAUAACCUGUCAGAACAAAAUGACAUGUUCCCUCUGACCUCAAUUAUAGCAAUUGUUCACAUCUUCGGGAAGGUGAUCCUGGGGGCGGUGGCUGACCUCCCCUGCAUCAGCGUCUGGAACGUCUUCCUCAUCGCUAAUUUCACCCUUGUCUUCAGCAUCUUCCUUCUGCCAUUGAUGCAUACCUAUGCAAGCCUGGCUGUCAUUUGUGCCCUGAUUGGGUUUUCCAGUGGGUAUUUCUCCCUCAUGCCUGUGGUGACGGAGGACCUGGUUGGCACUGAGCACUUGGCCAAUGCCUAUGGCAUCAUCAUCUGUGCCAACGGCAUCUCGGCUUUACUGGGACCACCAUUUGCAGGGUGGAUCUUCGACAUCACACAAAAAUACGAUUUUUCCUUUUAUAUAUGUGGCCUGCUUUACAUGGUAGGAAUACUCUUUUUGCUCAUUCAACCCUGUGUUCAGAUGACAGAACAAUCCAGAAGAAAGUACACAGACGGUGCACACGUUUAGUGUCGUGCAACAGUUCGUGUGGGUCCUCUCCUCAUGCCUACCUCACUUGGUUGCUAGAGGAAUGCUCUGUGUGGUGGCCGGCCAUGUCCUUUUGUAAACGCCCUUGUCAUUGUUUCAUCUGUAAGCAGCAUGGCCUCUCCGGAGGUGGCAGAAGUGAUUAGAACCGUGCAUGUUUUAGAGAUGAUGUUGCUUAGAGCUUAUUCAGUAGUUGAUACAGAUGCCCUGAUGAAAUCUUUCAAGCCAGGCAUGGUGGUAAAUGCCUGUAAUCCCAGCUCUCGGUGGAGGCAGGAGGAUUGGAGGUUCAAGGUUAGCCUCUCUGCUACCUAGUGAGUUCCAGGCCAGCCUGGGCUACAUGAAAACCUGUCUGGAAAAAAAAUAGAAAAAAGAAAAGAAAAAGAAAAGAAAGGAAGGAAGGAAUGAAGAAGAAAGUCCCCACCUCUUUUUCUUCCUCCCUCCUUCUCGGCCUCCCUUCCUUCCUUUCUUCCUCUCCUCUCACUCCACUGGGACUAGGGUUUUACAUACAAAGACUGGAAAUAAAAGCUUUGCAACUCAACCACUUCUUUGUAAGGGAAAACCCAAGAGUCUAGAUUUCCCCCAAAGUGUUCAGAUAAAUGGGCUUUGAGCAUGAGACCAUGACUGAGUAUCAUGAAUUAAUUCUUUCUUACAAGGAGUUAUUGGUCUGCUAAUAUCAUACAAAAGCAGGCUGUCAUUUCAAAAGUAACAUAAUUAGUGGGCUGGAAAGGUGACUAGGAGGUUAAGAGCGCUUGCUGCUCUUGGAUAGGACCAGAGUUCAGCUAUGAGCACCCACAUGUUGGCUCACAACCAGCUGUAGCUCCAGUCCCAGUCUCAGGUACCCUCUUCUGGCCUCUGUGGUCACUGCACACAUGUUGCACACAUACAUGGACUCAGACAAAACACCCAUACACAUAAAAUACAAAAACAAAUCUUUUAUUAAAAAAGUAAGACAAUUUAGUACGGUUAAAAAAACACAGUUUAUAUUUUUAUGAAAGAAUUCUAAAGCUAAGAAGUGCAGUUUCUAACUCUUCCUUUAGGAAAUGAAAUUGGCCAUCCUUCUAACUCAGUUUCUCAUGUCAUAGAAGAUGAGUUCAGUUUAUGAACUCAACACAAAUCCUUCCCAAGUGGUCUAUAAUAAUGUCCUUAGUGGUAUGUGUGUUUCUUAGUGCACAUGCUAUUGCAUCAAGGGCUACAAUUCAGACUCUUUGACUCAUACUAUUAUUGUCUUAGAGUGAACACCUUUUUUUUUUUUAGAGCUGGGCAGUGGUGGCACACUCCUUUAACUGCAGCACUCGGGAGGCAGAGGCAGGAGGAUCUCUGUGAGUUUGAGGCCAGCCUGGUCUAUAGAGAGAGUUCCAGGACAACCAUGGCUACACGUGAAACCCUGGUUUGGUUGUGAGGGGACAAAAACAAAGAAGAAUCAAGCUGUGAGGAUUAUUUUUGGCUUGCCUUGUAGCUUUCCAUGUACCUGACAUUGGGGCAGUGGUGCCAACCAGCCCAGCUCUGGUGCCUCUUGCCAUGUUAUUAUUAUCCACUUGUCUGAACUUGGCACAAUUUUAAAGAUAGUUCUCUUUGUAGGUUUCAUACAUGAAGAUGUCUAAUCUGAGACAUCAUAAAAUCAAAUACUCUUUCUUAGCUGAGAUCUCUAUUUUUCUAAAGCUAAAACGUUUUCAGACUACAGAAUGUUCCUCCCAGGAUCAUUUUGAAAUUUCUGACUGCCUUACUUAUUUAUACAUACCUUUAAUUAAUGACUUAAAUGUGUGCUGGCUGGUUUGGGGGGCGUGUAGCUCGGUGAUAAAGAGCACUUGCCUAACAUGUUCUAGACCCUCCCUAGUAUUCAUCUUCACACCAUAAAGCAAGAAACUUGGACUCACAAUUUGCUCAUUAACAAAACUGCCAGUGUCUUGGGUCAAAUUUCCCUAAAAUGAACGCAUGCCAGUCUCGGUUAUCUUUGGUAAUUAAAGACAGGGAUGCUAGGAGCUGGAGUUGCAGAAUGCUCCCAAGGUCUAACUUUCAGUCAGAAUGCAAGGGGAGCUUCCCAGGCGUUAACAAGUAAUUAAAUGAACAGUUUCCUCAUGCCUCAUCUCCACGGCCUCCUGUCCUAAGAACUAGGGAAAGGGUUAUGCUGUGAAACCCACCCAGAUAACACCAGUCGUGAGCAGACUGACCCAUAGAAAGGUGCCCAAAAGGCCUUGCUAAUGCACACCCUUUUUUUUUUAGUUUUUUUUUAAAUUUACUUAUUAUUAUUUAUUAAGGAUUUCUGCCUCCUCUCUGCCACCACCUCCCA